UUCCUGAUUGAAUUUUGAGCCCAGUUCUUUCUUUGUGACAAAAUGUGACGAUGUAGUCGUUGUUCCGCUGCCUCAGUGUGUGAUUCAGGCAGUAAGUUAAUUUAUUAGCCCCUCUUCUUCACAUUAUUGAAGAAAACAUGUUCGUUCUGGUCGUCUGAUAUCACACGUUUCUUGUCAAAAUCAGCUGAGAGCUGUCGUAUCUUGGAUUCAGAGAGCUGUCAGAGUUUUUAGACCAUAUUUUUAUUCCAUUGACACCCUGUCAAGCAUAUCACUUUUUAAGGAUUUAACGUUAUAGAGUGGAUAAUGAAUCUCAAAUCUUAAGAAAUCACCAAUAACUUUGAAGAAAAAUUUGAUGACAAAAAUUCACAGUCACAAUUUUAAAAGGAAAAUGUUCCCAAACCAAAGAACGGUAGCACUUUACACUGAUUUCCAAAAAUAAUCCGAGGAAAUGGAUGAUCAGGAGAUUUUUACUGAGAGCCAUGCAAAGUCAAUUCUUUCCACCAUGAAUAUGCUGAGGAAAGAUGGCACAUUAUGUGAUGUGACCUUGAAGGUUCAAGGACAGAGUUUCCGGGCCCACAGAAUUGUUUUGGCAGCCUGCAGUGAUUAUUUCUGUGCCAUGUUUACAAAUGAGAUGAGUGAGAAGUGUCAGUCUGUGAUCGAACUCCACGAGGUUCCGGCUGGAAUAAUGGAUGUUCUGUUGGACUUUGUGUAUACAGAGACAGUCAAUGUUGGUGUGGAGAAUGUCCAGGAGCUUCUCCCGGCCGCCUGUCUUCUCCAGCUGACUGGUGUGAAGAAUGCUUGCUGUUCAUUCCUAGAGAAACAGCUGGACAGCAGCAACUGUCUUGGGAUUAAGAUUUUUGCUGAGCAGCACUCCUGCCAGGAACUAUUUGAUGCGGCGGAAGUUUUUGGUCUGAAGCACUUUGAGGAGGUCGUUAUUCAGGAAGAAUUCAUGACUUUAUCUCUCCAACAGGUGGAAUCACUCUUCACCUGCAAUGAAAUUCAGGUUAACUCGGAGGAGCCUGUGUAUGAAGCAGUAAUCAACUGGGUUAAAUACGACCCAGAGAAGAGGAAGAACCAGUUACCACGGUUAUUGCAACAUAUCCGCCUCCCAUUGUUGUCGGCCAAGUUUAUCACCGACGUUUUGGAUGAGGAGCCAUUGAUCAGACAGAGCCAUGACUGUCGAGAUCUCGUGGAUGAAGCCAAGAAGUUCCACCUACGUCCAGAUCUCCGCACGCAAAUGAACGGUCCACGAAUGGCACCCAGAGUGGGUACAGAUGACCUGCUUGUGGUUCUGGGAGGCUUUGGCUCCCAUCAGAACAUGGUGGACGUGGUAGAGCGAUUCGACCCCAAACUUCAGAGCUGGAGCCGGUUACCAAAUUUGUCGAAACGUCGUCGCUAUGUGGCUGCAGCCUCGGUGGAGAAUAGAGUGUAUGUGAUUGGUGGAUACGAUGGCCAAUCAAGACUGUGUAUGGUAGAAUGUUUGGAUCUGUCGGCCGAGGAACCGUCAUGGCAGCAGGUGGAGCCAAUGUCACAGAGACGGGGGCUAGCUGGGGUCUGUGUAUACAAAGGUGAGAUUUACGUGUGUGGAGGAUUCGAUGGCUACAGUCGACACACCAGCAUGGAACGUUACAGCCCCGCGGAUGAUCAUUGGACUACUCUCAGUGGCAUGGCAGUAGGUAGGGAGGGGGCGGGGCUGGUAGUGGCUGGUGACAAAAUCUACUGCAUUGGGGGCUACGAUGGUAUCAAUCUCCUGGACUCCGCGGAGAGAUAUUGUCCGGUGACCGAGCAGUGGGAAACCAUUGUUCCCAUGACAACUAGACGAUCAGGGGCUGGAGUUGCAGUGACCAAUGACCUAAUUUAUGUGUGUGGUGGUUAUGAUGGUACUGACCAUCUGGCCAGUGUGGAGUGCUUUAACAUUCACACCCAACACUGGACCCACAUACAGAGUAUGGUGGUGCCGCGGUGCUACGUGGGGGCGUGUGUACUGAGGGGGUACUUAUAUGUGGUAGCUGGAUACGAUGGAAACACUCUUCUGAACACUAUCGAAAAGUUCGACCCCACAACAGGAAACUGGGAAAUCCUGGAUGUUGCUAUGACAACCCAUCGCUGUGAUGCGGGUGUAACAGUGGUCAGGAGAUGACAAAACGUGUAACCAUGGGAACGGUGUAUCCCCCUUAGAUGUCCUCGUCAGCGACGUCUGCUUCUCUUGGUUGUCUUCUGCUGUGAUUGCUGCACGUCAUUAGCUUGUGUUCACUGUUACGAUCAGUGCCACCAUCACUGCUGUAUUGUGUAUGCUGAUUGUGACAGGGUCUUAAUUUUCAUUAUUUUAGUGGCACAGACAUAGCCAUGAGUCAGAUCUUCAGGAACUGAGGAAAAUCCAAGCACUGUAAAGGAGGACAACUCUGCCACGAAAUCCAGUUUCCAGGAAUGCGCUUAUUUUCUCAAAUUACAAAUAUAGUGUCUACAUAAAAAAAGUACUCUCGUGAUCAGUGGUGAUCAACACUAUGUAGAGCUGUUCAAGGGAAUUCGGAGAUUUUGUAACACAUAGAGGGCAGAUGUGUAAAGGAGAAUUUGUUGUAUAUAUAUAAUAUUAUACAAAGGGCAAGUGUGCAAGAAUAUAAAACUAUUAUACAGACUAAACAAUAUGAACAUCAUGCAGUUUAUCAAUUAAUGUUUAUGUAAUUGUGCUGUUUAUGUAACUAUAUUUUCCCUAUCAACUUUGUUAUAGAGUUUAAGUUCGUAUGUCAAUGAUGCUUAAAUCGGUUGGUAGUGCUUAGCAUGGUGUUAAACCAUGAGCCGAGUGAUGCCACAUGUCAAUUGCCAAAACAUUGAAAACAGCAGAUGUCAAUUUUCCUUGAUCAAACAUAUUUGUUGUUACAGCAAAAGAUAUUAAAACAAAAAUGAAAGCGAACAGUAAAUUUUCUAAAAUAUUGAUUUACCCAUAAGAAACAAGCUUCGUUCUUUUUACAUUUAUCAAAAAUCAUGUGACCUCCUGUCUUCGCUGUUCCAUUUACUGUUCUUACUUUAUGUAACAUGGUUGUACACGUAAAUGCAUACAUGUAUAUAUCAGAGACCUAAAAACAUAGUCUACAAUCAGUUGAACUAGUGUGGAUGUAAGUGUAAACGAUGAAGUGUGUUUUUGUUGUCAUUAUUAGGGGGAGAUUAUGGUCACUAGCUUACACAAGUCAUAUAUACAGGGCUCAACAUUAACUUUUUUUCCUACUUGUCCAUUCGGACAAGAGACAAAGAUAUUUACUUGUCCGAACUUCAACUUCACUUGUCUGGAAUUUUUUUUAAAAAGGAUAUAUCGUCAACUUGAAAACUGUAUUUAAUUUACUUAAUAUAUAGUCUAUUCUUAUACCUGCUUGAUUGAUUUUUUUUUUAUCUUAUUCUCUUGAUAAAAACAACAAAUUUAUAAAACAAAAUUUUAUCUGGACUUCCCAUCUUGAAUCAAUGACUUCGUAAGAUCCAUGGAUGCAUUCUCUCACCAGAGAGCGCGCUACAUUGUGAAGCGUAGCAUAACGCUCUCUGGUAAGAGAUUGCAAUGGGUGAUUGAAAGUAGUACGCAUUAAGUGAACACCAAUCCCGAUUGAGUUUAACUCAACUAGUUUACAUAGCAAUCGAAGUUCAUUUUCCAUGCAUUAUACAUGUACUUCCGACUCUUAACUACCGAUAAACUUUUCACAAAAUUGUUUGGAGACUUCUUUACAUAAAAAAGCACUUGUCCAAUCGGACAAGUGCCCAUCACUAUUCACUUGUCCGAAAUGUUUUUCCACUGGUACCGGACAAGCGGACAAACGUAAAUGUUGACCCCUGAUAUAUCAUUUCUCCACAAUACUGGUAUCCGUCACACCUUCAGUAAUAACAACAAAACCAGGCUUCGUUGUUUAGGUCAUCUUUACUAGUGAAGGGUGAUGAUACGCAGUGUUUCUCUUUCAUCCUUAGAAGAAAUAGCCGACGAAGUGAAAACUUUGAUGUAGCCAUCUGAUUGGCUGUGCUGCUUGGCGUUCACAUGGAUUUUACUAAUUGACGCUUUAUGGAUAAAUCAAUUCCUAUAGAAAAGUAAUGAAAAGAAGGAGAAACAACGUGUAGAGUCAUCGUUGGCUAGCGAAGAUUUGUUUAAGUGAUCUGUUCUUGUUCAGACAAUAUAUUUAAGGUGCUGUUAUGUAUAAAGCUGUCUUCAAGAUAUUUGAUGUUAUGUGGACAAACUUUACAUUAAAAUGUUGCGCACGUCU